GUCAUAAGACUCUCAUUUCCUGGUACAGCCAGCGGAGGCUUGACUUUAUCCAAACACCGCUGACUGAGCGUCGCUGUCGACUGUUGUCAUUCUCUCUCCGGUGGCUCUAAACACCAGGCGAUGAUGUCCCGACAUGCUGGAUUUGUUUUGCUCCUCGCCUUUGGAGCAGUGUUCCAGUUGUCUUCUUGCAUUGAGGUGAAUGUCACAAAAGAUGACAAGUUAUGCCUCUAUGCCAAUCUGAUGCUCAACUUCUCAGUCUCCUAUGAAGUAGCUGACAACAAGACUCAGACGGCUGUGUUUGAGCUUCCCGCUAACGCUGUAGCAAAUGAGAGUACAUGUGACAACACAAGCUCACUGCUGAAGCUUGAUUUUGAAGGACACUCUUGGAGCGUGAACUUCACCACAGAUGGAAAAAGUUACCAGGCAGCCAACGUCACCUUUUCUUACAACCUCAGUGACUCAAAAUUGUUCCCCAAUUCUGUGUCAAAGGAUAUUAAAACUGUGACUGUGACGCCUCAAAUGAAAGGUGUACGCGUUGACACCUGCUACUCCUGCCACAGCAAAGACAUGAUCGACGCUGAUCUGGUCAAUAUGACACUGUGGAACGUGCUCAUACAGGCUUUUGUCAUUAACGGCAGCAAGAGUGAGAACUUAACCGUUUGUGAAGCCGAUACUCCUACUGUUGCCCCCCCGACCACCAGUACUGCCCCUCCUCAUACUACCACCACCCCAACACCCACCCUGCCCACACCCAGCACCGGGAAGUACAGCUACAAGCCUGAUGAGAAUAGCACAGCCUGCCUGUUGGCCAACUUUGGCUUGCGAAUUGGAGUCAAGCAAGGAGACAAAUUGGAGGAGAUUAACUUCGAACCCAACGGGACCCAAAUCUCUGGAUCUUGUGGAGUCAACAGCAGCGAGCUUAAGUUGGUGUCCAACUCAAUCACCAUCGAGUUCACUUUCACCAAUGACACGAAGAAAUUCCGCCUACAUGCUUUGAAUGUCACCGCAAAGAUGGGCUCUGGUUCGAUGGUUUCUGAGGCUAACAACAACAUGAGUCUGUGGGAGGCAACACUCGGCAGCUCCUACAUGUGCAACAAGGAGCAGAACUUCACCGUCGCCAGCCUGCUCACCAUCUACACCUUCAAUGUACAAGUGCAGCCUUUUGGAGUCAAGAAGGGUCUUUUCAGUACAGCCCAUGAAUGUUCAUUGGAUGACACCAGCAUCUUAAUCCCAAUCAUUGUUGGCGCUGCUCUGGCUGGCUUGAUUCUAAUUGUAGUGAUCGCUUACGUGAUUGGUCGAAGAAAGACAUAUGUUGGAUAUCAGACCCUUUAAAUCCAGUUUGCAGAGUCGAUCCUGAAUCAUCAUGGGGUUCCCGAGCCUGGUCCUUGGGAUUCAUGUACAGAUGUUUAAUUGGCAAAUGACUUUAAAAAAAAAAAAAUUUGAAAAUCUAAAAAUAGUGCCUCUAAUGGAAAGACAUGAGAUGUCACUUUAUAAAACGACAGCUUUCAGAAGAUUAGAUUUGACUGUCCUUUGAUAUUGAAGUUCUUGCUCAUAAUGAUGCAUGAAUAGUGUUGGCGGUCAUUAAUCAUAUUUAAGAAGAAGAGUAAAAUGGAGACUGUGUGUUCUUCUCAAGGACCAAACUUGUCUACCCCUAGUGUUUGUGUUUGUUUGUUUUUUUUUGGUUUGUUUGUUUUUUGUUAAAUGUUUUGUCUUUCCCUUUUUGUUGUGCUUUUUGUGAAUGGGCAAGUGCAAGAUCCACAUCUUUCAAAAUAAAGUUAUAAUUACAAUCGCAUGAAAGGUGGCAUCAUGCCCAGCACAACUGACAUCGACUGAAGCCCCACAACCUAAAUUUUUCACACAUUUUUAGCAAAAAGCGCUAUGAUUUCAUUAGUUGUUGCUGUGGGAUCCUGCACUUGCUCAGAAAACAUUCCCUUAUUGUUUGCUUUAUUUCUUAAUCUUUGAACACAUUUAUGGUUUGACUCUUACUCCCCAUAAUUAUUAAGACACAUAUGAAUGACCAUUUCCACAGCACAAAAUUGAAGCCAGAUGGUCGAGAAGCUUUCUUUCUUUGUUCCUAGAAAUUCAUUAACAUGGAUGAAUGUCUCCUCCAUUUGGAAAGCUGUCUAUAGACACAUUCUUUAGCCCAUGUUUGACCCUGUAGAACAGGAGAAACAUUGGAAUUUUGUCCUGAUUCUGUGGCUCUAAUCAUAUUUGGAAUGUGAAAUCAGAUGUAUAUUGUCUAAUAGACCUUCGAUAGAGACAUCCUAACCUGUUGAGCAGUGAACACCCACAUGGAACUAAUGACCCUAACAGUGGCUCUUUUACCGUGAACUGACACACCUGCACCAGAUGAAGCCACUGUCCGUGUUAUUAAUGACAUCUGUGUGUUUCCUGCUUUUACAUUUGCACAGUCAGAAUAAAUCUGAAAAUAAAUGUCUGCUGGUUUUUCCUCACAGAAUACAUUGUGGCAUUAGGUUUAGAAAAGGGAUAGAACUAUUGUGUGGAUAUUCACGUUCAGCACAGACCAUUCUGAAACGAGGAUAUUUACAUUUAAAUGCACUAAGACACUACGUUUUGCUUGUGUUUAGACUGUUGUCGCAUUAAAUUACCUGUGUAAAGGUCUGGGCUUGGCCUGAACUGCAGCUGGAUCAGGGGACGUUAAAGCCCCUGAAAACCCUAAACAAUUGGAGGUAAAGUUUAGAAGAAAAUAGCCUGGGUAGUUUAAAACAGGAUUAGUUUGACAUAUUGGGAAAUGUUUUGCUUUUAUGAGUCAGCCGAGAAAACUUUUAUUCUCAGUGGAGUAUUCUAAAUGUAAAGCUGCAGCCAGGAGCUGCUUAGCUUAGCACAAAGACUAGAAACGGGUUCACUUUAGGCUGACUCUCUUCAAAUCAGCAUUUUUUGCCACUAAGCUCACCAGUUACCAUUAAUAUCUUGCUUGUUUAAUUUCUACAACCAACUUUCAACAAAGAUAAAAAAAAAAAAAUGUGCAGUCCCCUGUUUGUCAAACUAUUCCUGUGAAAGCUCAACUAGAUCUGCCUCUUUAGGGCCAUGUGACAGCGGUUUAAUCAGAUUUCCACAACUGUCAGCAGAUUGUGAUUUACUGAUGAUUGCUGCACCUAAAUAUGUGAUAUAAUCUGAAGUAAAGUGGACAAAACUGUUGGCAGACUGAUUAGCUUUUGUGUAGUAACCCAAUAAAAAGUAGCUCAAAGUAAGUUUUCAGGUCCUUCGAAGUCAGUGAGGCGUCGUCAGGGACGGCAAGCCACAGAACGUGUACUUUUGUAAAGAUAGAAAGCGUGGCGGUAGCUCUAUAUUGCUGCUUAAUUCCUGCAGAGCACUGUGUACUGUUUGCACCGCUUCAGCUCUUUGCAAUGUCAGAGAUGAGCUUUUUUUAAAGUCUCUCAUAAAAUUAGAUUUGGCAGGAUAUUGUACAUGUGUUUGAGUUCCUAAUCAAAAAUGAGCUUUGAUUUUUUUUUUUUUUUUUUUUUUUUGCUUGUGAUUGUUGCUGCCUUGUGUAUUUGAGCUUUGUACAAACUCAGUUGCCUUAACUUUCAAGGUGGUUUCGCAGCACAACUGUAGGGAGUUUUGUUAGAGAUUUUCUCAUGGAAAGUUCCCCUUGUUCUCAAUUAAUCAUCUAACAGCUUUAUGAUCAUGAUAAACGGGCUUCAUUCGAUGUUAACUUUCUGUUUUGUACCUUUUAAUAACUCACUGAGAACUGGGUGUGAUUGGGCUCACUUUAUAUUUCCCCUCCGCUAGUGGAGAACACACACGCUCAGCAAAGGGAAUCUGUGCUGCAAGACCAUCUCCGUUAAUGUGUGUUAUGUGGAUACAAAUGACUGCUGAUUCAGUUUGCAUUCUCUCAUGCUGUUAGCUGUAAUAAACUGGAUUUCAAAUUGUGUAAGUGGAGCUUUUUUAGUAUUGUAAGAUCUAUGGAAAUAAACAAACAUGUUGCUGUCCGUGA